UCAUGCUGCUGCCAGGUCCAGAGUGUCUCAUGGGUCCCUGUACGGCCUCCCAUUGCUGCUGUCUCCAUCGCCACACUCUGCCAUGUGCCACUUUCAGGUCUCCUCACACUGCUGGUGCUGUCCAUUUUGUCAUAGGGUGCUGGCAGAUUACGGGCCUCCCAUUGCUGCUGCCAGGCCCGUAAUCUGCCAUGGGCCCCCGUACUGCCUCCUCAUGCUGCUGCCAGGUCCACAGUGUCUCAUGGGUCCCUGUACGGCCUCCCAUUGCUGCUGUCUCCAUCGCCACACUCUGCCAUGUGCCACUUUCAGGUCUCCUCACACUGCUGGUGCUGUUCCAUUUUGU